AUGAGAUCAAACCCGAACAGGCGAAAUCCUGAUUUUUGGUGCGAGUUUCACAACGAUCACGGUCACAAAACGGCGGAUUGUAGAUUGCUGCAAUGUGAAGUAGAACAUUUAUUGAAACAAGGAUAUUUGAUUGAAUUAUUUAGUGAAAAGGGAAAUCAUGCAUAUAUGAAAAAUAGGCAGGAGCCGCCAAAACCCCCUUCACCAAAAAGGACGGUUAAUGUCAUAAGUGGAGGAGAAGAAAUCAAUGGCGUAACAUAUACAGCACCGAGGAAGGUAUCGAAAAUAACAGUUACACACGGGAAACGGGUUCGACAGGUUUUGGAGGAAGAAAGUAUUACAUUUGAUGAUGCAAAUGCAGAUGGCGUGAUAACCCCACAUAAUGAUGCACUGAUGCAAGCUGAUGAUAAGUUGAUACCCAUGGCUCAUACCUUGUCCAGUUUUGACAACUCGAGCGUCGUGACAAAAGGAGAGAUAAUACUCACCACAUUCGCAAAAGGAGCAGUCAAAGACACCAAACUUCAAGUAGUAGACAUGGAUAUGGCUUAUAACAUGAUUCUUGGUAGACCAUGGAUACAUGAGAUGGAUGUUGUUCCAUCCAUUUUGCAUCAAGUUAUCAAAUUCCCUUCAUAA